UUAAUCUUCUAAUCUAAUCUGGGCUUUGCUUCUCCUACAAAUGAUCUCGUACAUUAUCUUCUGCUCUCCCUGUAUAACAGUAUUCGAUUUCUUGUGUAUAUAAAAAGACAUUAAUGUACGAACCGUCUUUCAUUAAAUCUGUACUUUAUAUUACAGAUUCCAGAAUUUAGAAAUCCAUCCAUCUGAUAUUAGAAUUCGGCUUCAAGCAAAUUUAUGUAACAGCCACGGCGCAAUUUGUUUUUCCCAACGCAAUUUGUUUUCAUCGGGAUUGAAGAAAUAGGAUUACGAUAUACCGGAAGUAGAUAUGUCGGGAGUUUGGAGAUGGAAAAAAUUAAGAGAAGUGGCCGUGGAGGUGUCGAAGAAGAAAUGUAAAGGGGGUUGGUGGAGGUGGAAUUAUAACCAGGUGCAAAAGCGGGGUUUGGUGAAUAGUUUGCACGUGGGGUCUUGUGUGAAGCGCAGGGAGUCCUUGAUCGGAGUGCAGGAGAGAUACAGAUGGGAUAACGGCAGUAGCGGCGGCAGUGGUGGCAACGACGAGCCCCGCCAGAUCACUCGGAGGAUUAGGGCGGAGGCCAAUUGCCCUCGUUGCUCCAAGCAAAUGGAUCUCCUCUUCACCAACCGCUCCCACCACCUCAUUCCUCCAUCCCCACCCAAUUCCGAUCUCGGUGAUGCACCUGCUCCUCCAACUUUCCCCAAUAAUAACAAUAUUGUCAACCACAAUAGCAAUAACAACUCUUACACUAACAAUACCCACGACAGCAAUAAUCCAUCCCCCAAAGAUGGAGCAGGGGGAGGGAAUGCUUUCCAGGCAGUAAAUCUUUGCCCCAAUUGUAAGACGGCCUAUUACUUCAGGCCAUUCAAGAUGUCCCCUCUCCAGGGAAGUUUCGUUGAGAUUGGAAGGGUGAAGAACAAAAAUUCUAAUUCUGACAAGAAGUUGACCGACCCCCAAGACAAUGGGAAGAGGCUGCGUCCCUCUUUCUGGGAGACCUUGAGGUCAUAUGGCAGUGAGCCACCCGAGAACUGGCCUUCACCUCCACCUUCAACCGGGAAUGGGAUCGCUGUGCAUACCCCACCUGGUCCACCUUUUGCUCCUGGUAUCAAUGUUGUUCGAGCAUCAGGUCCUGGUGGUGGUGGCCAUGGAACUCGUGCUGGUGUUAAUAAUGGAGAUAAGAGCACCUGGGGUGGCUCUAAUCUUGGUAAAAAAUUACCCACCCCAAAGGAGAUCUGCAAGGGACUUGACAAAUUUGUUAUUGGCCAAGAACGCGCCAAAAAGGUGCUAUCAGUGGCUGUGUACAAUCACUACAAAAGGAUCUAUCAUGCCUCUUUGCCGAAGGGGUCAGAAAAUGAAUCAUCCAGAUUAGAUAAUGACGACAAUGUAGACUUGGAAAAGAGCAAUGUACUUUUGAUGGGUCCAACUGGCUCAGGGAAAACACUACUUGCAAAAACUCUUGCCCGUUUUGUCAAUGUACCUUUUGUCAUUGCAGAUGCAACCACUUUGACCCAGGCUGGUUACGUUGGUGAAGAUGUUGAAUCAAUAUUGUACAAACUACUAACAGUUGCUGAGUUUAACGUGCAAGCUGCACAACAAGGGAUGGUGUACAUAGAUGAAGUUGAUAAGAUAACUAAGAAGGCUGAAAGCUUAAACACCAGCAGAGAUGUUUCUGGUGAGGGUGUUCAGCAGGCGCUGCUGAAAAUGCUGGAAGGGACGGUAGUAAAUGUUCCAGAAAAAGGGGCAAGGAAGCACCCCCGGGGCGAUAAUAUUCAGAUAGAUACUAAAGACAUUCUUUUUAUAUGCGGGGGAGCAUUUGUUGAUUUAGAGAAAACUAUUUCUGAGAGACGGCAGGAUUCAUCAAUUGGAUUUGGAGCCCCAGUACGUGCUAAUAUGAGAGCAGGUGGAGUGAUUGAUGCUUCUAUAACAUCAUCCCUACUCGAAUCCGUUGAAAGUAGUGAUCUCAUAGCGUAUGGCCUCAUACCGGAAUUUAUUGGGCGCUUCCCUAUUUUGGUUAGUUUGUCAGCCCUUACAGAAGAUCAACUUGUUCAGGUCCUAACAGAACCGAAAAAUGCACUUGGUAAGCAGUACAAGAAGUUACUAGAAAUGAAUAACGUGAAGCUACACUUUACUGAGAAAGCCUUAAGACUGAUUUCCAAUAAAGCAAUAUCAAAGAAUACGGGUGCUAGAGGAUUGAGAACCAUACUAGAAAGCCUUCUAACAGAUGCUAUGUAUGAGAUACCAGAUGCAAGGAGCGGAAAAGAAAGAGUAGAUGCUGUGGUGGUUGACGAAGAAUCAGUAGGUACAAGUGAUGUAGCUGGGUGUGGGGGUAAAUUACUUGAGGGAGAAGGUGCUUUGGAGAGAUACCUUGCAGCAGCAGCAGCCUUGAAAGAUGAGGCGGAACGAAAAGGUGCAGCUGAAGCAGAGCUGCAGGAAGGUGAAUCGGAGGUCUCAUCAAGGGCAAUGAGCAUGUAGCAUUUAAUUAUUACAAUCAUUUUGUCACCUUAUAACUAAAAGGGAUUUUCCUUUUUUUUUUUUUUUUUUUUUUUUUUUUUUGUUUUACCCCCCUCUCUUGAUAGUAUUGUAAAACAGUCAUUCGUGUUUGUAUUUGUAAUCGUCUCGGCCUACAUGAAGAUAAGUUAUUUACUGAAGUUAAAAACAGAAGCUAAGUAGUAUGUUUUUUUUGGGUAACAGAACAGCUAGUUUUCUAAUCAAGACAAUUCAAUGUAGAUAUUGGACAAAAUAAUUGUACUUCUGACAUUCUUUAUAAAUAGUUUCAGCAAAUUCAGCUGAAUUUA